AUGCUCUUAUAUAUUUCAGUUGAAGUAACUGUGCGUGGUCUAAUAGACCCUAAAACUGGAAUGGUUAUGAAUAUUUCCGAAUUAAAAGAGCACAUGCAUAAAGUGUUAAUGGAUCGAUUAGAUCACAAAAAUUUAGAUAAAGAUGUUCCAUACUUUAAGAAUGUUGUGUCGACAACAGAAAAUCUGGCUGUUUAUAUUUUUGAUGAAAUAAAAAAAUUAAUGCGUGACCCAUCAUUGCUUCACAAAGUUAAAAUAUGGGAAACUGAGAAGAAUAUAGUUACUUAUUCUGGAGAUUUAUUUGAGAUCAGAUAA